AUGACUGGAAAUCCACCUGCCUGCCAGCUCACCGCUUCCAGAAGAGGACAUCGAGAACCCAAGUGUACUGACUUGAUUUCUCUAAGGCCAAAAGACAUUAAAUUUUCCAACCACACCACAGACUGCAGACUGCAUCAUAAACCAGGACUGGCUCCACAGGUCCUAAGACCCCAUCAUCUGGCCACAGAAGAUCCCCUCUCCUUCUGCAUGCUGCAGAUCUUCUCCUUUGCCAACUGCAGCUGGACGCAUACUCAGGGCUCAGGUUGGCUGGGCGAGCUGCAGACUCAUGCCUGGGACAAUGUCUUGGGCACCAUGCGCUCUCUGAGGCCUUGGUCCCAUGGUAACUUCAGCAAGGAGGAGCUGAAGAACAUCCAGGCCCUCCUGCAGUUGUACCUCUAUAGCUUCCCUCAGGAAGUGCAGGCCUUUGCCAGUCAGUUUCAGUUGGAAUACCCCUUUGAGCUCCAGGUAGCAUCUGGCUGUUUCAUUCAUUCUGGGAAGGCCUCAGAAAGCUUCUUAAAUGGGGCUUAUCAAGGAUCAGAUUUCCUGAGUUUCCAAGAAAAUUCCUGGAAGCUGUCUCCAGGAGCAGAGAGUCGAGCUCAGAACGUCUGUAUGGUGCUCAACCACUACCGAGUUAUUAAAGAAGUCAUGCAGAGCCUUCUUCGUGACACCUGCCCUUGGUUUCUGGCAGGCCUCCUUGAAGCAGGGAAAUCAGAACUGGAAUGAGAAGUGAAGCCAGAGGCUUCGGUGUCCAAAGGCCCCAGUCCUGGGCCUGGCCAUGAGCUGCUGGUUUGCCACAUCUCUGGCUUUCAUCCAAAACCCCUGUGGGUGAUGUGGAUGAGGGGUGGAUACUCCUUCCUCCUGGAAUUGAUCUGUUUGACAGUAAUAGUUACCCUGGUCAUGUUGGUUGUAGGUGACUCAUCAUUUAAAAAGUGGAGUCCUGCCUUUCCCAGAGGAGGUGACACCCAAGACCCCAGGGGUUCAGGACGUCAGCUCUGCUUGGCACAGGAAUCAUCGAUCAAAAACAGACUCUUAAAGAAAUGGAAAAUCACCCUAAAUCAACUCUGGUGUCAUUAG